AUGAGCACUCGCAAGAAGGAACAAGAUAAUAACAAACAGGAAGCCGUUGACUGGAACUAUGACAAGAUGGCGAACGGAGUGAACGUCAAGUUUCCGCCUCUCGACUCUGACGACCUCCCGCAUGACUGUCUGAAUCAGUAUGAUCUCAGGCGUCUCAGGAAUGUCUGGAAUAAGCACUCUCGACACUGGGAUGUUCAGCACAAGAUCGACAUUAUCGACUAUCUCUGGGACCCGUCCGUCACCAAAGACCUCGCUUGGAUCGCCAGAAAGCACCCGCUCUACCCAAAGCGCUCUAGUUUUUCCGCCUAUGUCAUCCUCAAAUGCCUCUAUCCAACGGAUCCUGAUCUGGGUCCUCACAGGUUCAUCAGAUGGGGAAAAUACCCAGAAAUUGACCGGGACGCAAACCAAGCAACUGACUGCAAUGGAAACCCAGUGGCCUUCUGGGGUAGCUUUGAGCCUCCUGUCGCUCAGGAUUAUCAGUGCUCUGUCAACGAUGUCGAAGCAGUCAAUGAAGGAGUUCAUGACUCUGUCCAGGAUGAACCCGAUGAGUCCUUGAAGACAAAGAACAAGGUCAUUGUCCACGACCCUUGGUGGAACACGAAACACGCUUCACUGUCCCUUGCCCUUGACCAGCAGAACAACAAGAAUGCCGAUGCUCCUUCCGAGGAAGCUGCUAUGCCUGGGACUUGGGACCCCCUGCCAGUCCGCCAGGCAUGGGGUCGAUCUCAAUGCUCGCCUCCUCCCGAUGAUCAACAUUACCAACGACAAUCGCGUUCCGGAUGGGGCUCCAACAACGAGAAGUGUGCCUGGGGUCUUCCUGCGGCGAAUCGCAUCUAUGCAGCGCCCGAUCUAGAGUACGUCGAAUCGAAGGAGAUGGCUCACCAGGAGACCACCGCGGAAGAUGAUAGAGCCGACGACGCAUGUGGUUACCCCAGACAGUCUGGCCGAAGUGCUUGUAAGGGCCACGACGCCUUCGCCUCCAAGUUCUCCUCCGAGACUGAGGAUUCUGAGGUUGGUGUCAUUACGCCUGCUAGCUCCAACACUGAGCAUACCCCAGUUCUCUCAAGCCAGCAGAUUCAGGAACUGAAGGACUUCAUCACCAAGACUAACAACGACACUGUAGCUCAUCUCUCUCUGGAGAUGAGUCACAUGAAGAAGUCCCUUGAUGAGAAAAUUGAGCAGAUGCGCGAGGAUUUCAAUCUCAGACUGAACAGAGCUAUGAAGGUCAAUCGUUCGCUCAGGGACGACAUGGAGACCCUGCAACUGUCCCUUCCGGAUAACCCAACUACUCAGCAGCAAGUGCGUGAGCUUGAGGCCAGGGUCGCUAACCUCGAGCAAUGGUGCCCGGACUUUUGA